UGGUGGCACGUGACAUCCCUGGGCCUAUUCUUAUAACUACCCUGAGAGCUCACUCUCACCCACCUUUCCCUCUCUCCAUCCUCCAUGGCUACUGCUUUUACCCAUAUCAAUGGUCAGAACUUCAUCUCCACGCUCCACAGAUCCAAUCAUCGCCGUCCAUCGGGUGGCCCCAUCAGGGUCACCAUGGCUCAGAAGAGCUCAUACUGGACCUCCAUUAACGACGACAUCGACGCCCAUCUCAGACGGGUUAUUGCCAUCCGGGAACCGUUCUCCGUCUUCAAGCCCAUGCACCACCUCACUUUCGCGGCCCCGGAGACCACGGCGCCGGCGCUCUGCAUCGCCGCCUGCGAGCUCGUUGGCGGCCGGCGGGAGCUUGCCAUCGCCGCCGCGUCCGCGCUCCACCUCAUGCACGCGGCCUCGUACUUCCACGAGCACAUCCCAUUAACGGAUCAGCCCAGGGCCAAUUCCCCGCCCAGACCCGGCCCCACGUUCGGCCCAAACAUUGAGCUUCUCACGGGCGACGGCAUGAUCCCAUUCGGGUUGGAAUUACUAGCAAAAUCCAACAACCUGGAUGACGAUGACGAGCAUUCGGAUCGGAUCCUCCAAGUCAUCAUCGAACUCACACGUACCAUCGGCUCGCAAGGGGUCGUGAACGGGCAGUACAUCCAAGCCCAAUGCGACGAAUCCAGCCCCAGCGUCGGGAAGGCCGGGUCGACCCGAAUCGUGACCGAUAAAAAGGGAACUGAGUUGCACGCGUGCGGAGCAGCCUGUGGAGCAAUACUAGGUGGUGGGAAGGAGAAGGAGAUAGAAAAAUUAAGAAAAUAUGGGUUCUAUGCUGGAACAAUACAGAAAAUGUCAAAAUUAGAGGAAGUAGAGAAGAACAGAGAAGUAAUAGAGGAAAUGAGAAGGCUGGCACUCAAGGAAUUGGAGUACUUCGAUGAAGAGAAAGUGGAACCAAUUUCUAGUUUUAUCAAUGUUUAGGCCUUUUUUUUUUUUUUCCUUUUUUUCCUUUUUUUUUUUUUUUUUUUGUGAAUGUGGGAGGGCAGGCACAUGUGGGUCUGGCUGUUUUAGACUUAUUUCAGUGUGUCCAAAAAUUAUGUACUGAUUUUUGUUUUUUGUUUUUGAAAAGCACUUUUGGGGCCA